GUUCGUGAUCACGUUUCCCCCACACACACACUGAGCUUCAUCCGCAACCUUAAUCCUCGACGAGCACACCUUCGCACGCACGAUGACAGACUUCGACUCGAUCUGGUCGCCCGCGAAAGUCUUCUCCCCCACGGUCGCCAAGCAAGCCAGCCUGCUCCUCAAAGACUGGGCGUACGUGGACCAAUUCCUGACGACGCGUUUCGCGCCCGCCGCGGUGCCCAAAUUCGAGCGCAACCCGGACACGCUGAAAGCUCUGCUCGCGCUCGCCGCGGCCAACGAGUCCGCCGACGAGGAGAAAACCCUCGAGCGCAGGGUGAAGGAGAAGGCGCUCGCCGAGCUGAAGAAGCGCGAUGCGGCUGUGGAAGCGGCGGGAUUGGGGAAGGGCGAGCACAUACUCGUGGGCGUCGAGGAGCACCUCACGCCGGAGGGGCGACGGUGUCUAAACUCCGUAGCGCUGCUGAGCGUUGCGCUCGCGGGCAACAGCACCGACCCGAAGAAGCUAUCCUCCCACCUCCUCACGCUCUCCACGCAGGAAUUCUCCGUGACCACGCAAACCGCGCGCAUUGACGCACUACACUCGCGACUACAAGCGGACCUGCAGACUCUCCGGGAGACGCUGCGGCACCUCGAGACAGGCGACGAAUACAGACUCCCAUCGGACCUCAGCACGCGAGUGACGGAGUGGACACGCACUGCACGACACCUGCGGAAUAAGACGGAGGACUACAGGAUCCGGCUGGAGGAGGAGGCGGCGGAGGCGCCGAGGGAGGAGCUGUUGGUCCCUGUGCUGGUCGAGCAGGAGCAGGAGGUGCUCGCGCUCAAGGAACAUGUGCUUAAUCUCGAGGCCCAGGCCAAGGGAUUCCAGGGAUUGCCGCCGGAGAAGGAUCUAGCUAGGCUCGAGGUCGAGAGAGUACAGGCUGAGUUGGAGGAGCUGGAGGCGAGGAGGGAGAGGAUGUAUGAUGGUAUGAUAGGGAGCUCGAGGUAAGGUGGUAUACCACGAGUGCGGUUGCUUGUAUUUUACACUAUACCCGAGUGCGGGAUGAUGAGGAGCACAUUAAGCUCUUCGCACGUUUCAUCCCGCUCACUCGUGAAAACAGUCUAUGGACAACGGGGUAUGAAAUUGCUACUAGGUAUAGUAUAUCCAGGUAUAUGAGCAAGCAAGCAGGCAAAAAAUAGAGUAAAGAAAGCACAAAAGG